CAACCUAAACUUUUGUUAUGGAUUCCGGUUGCCAUGGUAUCUGUAUGUAAACAACGAAUUUAGAAGAAUUUUUACCAACUAUGCAGCAGCAGCUCUAGAGGAUUAGGCACAGAUUGUUUCAAAAAUGAGGGGCGUACUCAAGUGGCUGGAACGGAUUGAGUUUCCCAACAGUAAAGACAACGAGAUCAGCGUUCACAAUGUUUGCUAUGCUCCCGAUGGCAGCCAGUUGGUGGUGGCCGCAGGCGAUCGGCUGCUCAUCUACGACCCGAACGACGGUUCGCUCCUGAACACCCUGAAGGCCCACAAGGACACGGUCAACUGUGUUGCCUACUCGCGGGAUGGCAAGCGAUUCGCCAGCGGAGCCUCCGACAAAAUGGUCAUUGUGUGGUCACCACAGCUUGAGGGACUGCUGAAGUAUUCACAUGGUGACUCCAUUCAGUGCAUGAGCUUCAAUCCCGUCUCACAUCACCUGGCCUCUUGCUCCUUGUCAGACUUUGCAUUCUGGUCGGCCGAUCAGAAGGCCGUGCAAAAGUACAAGAUCUCCGCACGUGUGAACGGCUGCUCCUGGACCAACGAUGGACAGUACCUGAUCUUGGGCCUGGCCAAUGGCACCAUUUCCAUACGCAACAAGCUGGGCGAGGAGAAGGGUCGCAUUGAUCGUCCGGGUGGACCCAAUAGCAACGUUUUCAGUGUCCAGUGCUGUCCGGCUAGUGGACCCGGCAGUGUGGACACCAUUGGCGUGGUGGACUGGAGUCAGACGCUGUCCUUUCACACGCUCAGUGGCCAAAUGAUUGGGAAGGAGCGAACUCUGGGCUUCGAUCCCCUGUGCCUGCAGUACUUUCCGAAUGGCGAGUUCUGCUUGGUUGGCGGUUGCACCGGAGGAUUGCACUUCUUUACGAGGGAGGGCAUUCGGCUGGGCACCCUGGGCGACAGCUUCGACACCUGGAUAUGGACAGUGGCUCUGCAUCCCAACGGCCAGUCGUACACCAUUGGCUGCCAGGAUGGAACACUGGCCUGCUUCAACAUCGCUUCGAGCACGGUUCAUGCUCUCUACCGCGAACGCUAUGCCUUCCGGGAGAACAUGUGUGACGUUAUCAUUCAGCACCUGAUCUCUGGGCAGAAGGUGCGCAUCAAGUGCCGGGAUUUGGUGCAGAAGAUUGCCAUAUACCGGAACCGAUUGGCUGUUCAGCUGCCGGAGCGGGUGGUUCUCUACGAACUGAGCUCUGGCGAGGAUCAGCCGAUGCACUACAAGGUGCGGGAGAAGAUCCAGCAGAAGUUCGACUGCAGUCUGCUGGUGGUGUGUGGCCGCCACAUCGUCUUGUGCCAGGAGAAGCGGCUCCAAUGCCUGGACUUUUCCGGUGUCCUGCAACGCGAGUGGAUCAUGGACUCCUUUAUUCGCUACAUCAAGGUCACGGGUGGUCCAGUGGGUCGCGAGGGACUGAUGGUGGGCCUGAAGAGUGGCCAGGUGUUCCGGAUCUUUCUCAACAACUCUCUGCCGCUGCUGAUCACCACCGCUGUGUCGGCAGUUCGUUGCCUGGACAUAAACUCCAAGCGGAGCAAGAUCGCUGUGGUGGACGACGUUGGGCGCUUGGUAGUGCGAGACAUAGUCAAUGACACGAUCCUCUACCAGGACACGGGCGUUAACAGCGUUACCUGGAACACCCACCUGGACUCGAUGCUAUGUUACACCCACACCACCGGAGGCUUAAGCGUUCGCGUGGGCAAUCUACCGCCCAGGGCGCCACAGAAUAUGCACGGCGUGGUGGUGGGACUGUGCGGAGCCACUGCCUUCUGUCUGCGAGGGAAUAUAAUGCACAACACACCCCUGGCCCUCGGUUCCACCAUGUGGCAGUUCAUCGAAGCGGGCUUGUUUGAGGAAGCUUACCAGGUGGCUUGUCUGGGUGUGACCACCAGCGACUGGGAGGGACUGGCCCAGUCCGCCCUGGAAGCCCUGCAUAUCAAUAUUGCCCGCGAUGCCUACGUCAAAGUGCGUAACCUGCCCUGGCUCAAGCUGAUUGGGGAGCUGAGGGAUCAGCAGCAGCGUUCGGCUGUGCCCAAGGAAGUGCUCCUCGCGGAGAACUGCGCCUUCGCUGGGAAAUUCAAAGAGGCUGCCCGCCUAUUCCUUAAAUGCGCCCAGCCGUCGCGAGCCCUCGAAAUGUACACGGACCUGCGGAUGUUCGAUUUGGCCCAGGAGUACAUCAAGGACGGCACGGCGCAGGAGAAGAAGGAGCUGGUUCGCAAGCGGGCGGAGUGGGCCUAUUCCGUCAAAGAGCCGCGUGCUGCUGCCGAGCUCCUGCUCUCCGCGGGAGAGAAUCAAAAGGCCAUUGACAUUGUGGCAGAGCAGGGAUGGGCCGAUGUGCUGUACGAUAUCGGACGUCGCCUGAGCCUCUCGGAACGCGAUGCCUUGGAGUCGGUGGCCCAGAACCUAAAGACCCUCAAAGCUCUGCCCUUGGCCGCUGAGAUAUUCAAGAAGUUAGGCGACGAGGCCCAAGUCGUGCAGCUGCACAUAGAGGUGCGAGACUGGCCGGAGGCUUUUCGACUGGCAGAAUCCCUGCCAGAGCUGCUGCCCACAGUGCACUACCAGCAUGGUCAGUGGUUGGCCGAAACCGAUCAGUUUAUAGAGGCGCAUCAGGCUUAUUUGAAGGCAGGACGCACCAAAGAGGCCAAUCGCCUGCUGAAGCAGCUAAGCAAUACAGCCAUUGUGGAGGAGCGUUACCUGGAUGCCAGCUACUUUUACUGGCUGCUGGCCAAGCAAUGCUUGGAUAUAUAUCAUGCCAAGGACGAACAAAACCCCAUUGAUCAUCACCUGACCGAGUACAAGAAUCAUUUGCGCAUUGCCAAGGUCUACUAUGCCUACAGCGUGAUCUACAGCUACAUGAAGGAACCCUUUACAACCCACUCACCAGUGAGCUUGUUCAACGUUAGCCGCUUUAUACUCAACGAAGUGGAGCACAAGGGUGUGCCCAAGGGAGUCAGCAUGUUUUCGGUUCUGUUUACUUUGGCCAAACAGGCCAAGUUUCUGCAGGCCAACAAACUGUGUUUGCUUAUCAAUAAGCGUUUGCAGUCCCUGAAACCACCGGCUGGAAUACAAGAGCAGAUUGAUCUCAAUUUUUUGAAUAGCAAGGCCUGCAAGAGUGGCUUCAACGAUCCCGAGGAGCUGCUGCCGCUUUGCUACAAGUGCUCGAACUACAGCCAGCACCUGAAUAGCAAUUGUUGUCCCACCUGCCGGCAGGAUUACAUUUUCUCAUUUGUUUCAUUUGAAAUUCUUCCCUUGGUGCAAUUCUAUCCCGAAGUUGAUAUAUCCGAUGGCGAAGCUGAGCGCUUGCUACUUGCUCCUGCUAAGCAUGCCGAGGAUUCGGAUCCCUUCAACGAAGAUGCGGCCAGUGUGGCCUUGCCCUUGAGCCUCGAUCGCAACGGUCUGCGUGCCAUUGAUCCCAACCAUGUGCUCAUCCUCAAGCGGCAGGGAAAGAACGUGCGGAAUGUGUACUAUCGCAAUAUAUUGCCCGAUCUGCAGGUCACCUACUGCCCCCAAUGUCUGCUGCUAUUUUAUGCCGAGGACUUUGAGCUGCAAGUUCUGCAAAAGGGUCACUGUCCAUUCUGCCACACAUCGUCAGAGAAGUUGCUGGAAGACUUUUGAGGCGGCCUU